GUCUGUUGGCUCCUAACCUCGCUGUAAAUAUCAGGGAAAGAAUGUUUGCGAUGUUCGACUUUGACAAUGAAAGUCAUCAUGUUUGUUUGCACGAUUUGUCGCCCUUCAACGGUGCCGUUGCGUCUUCCGUAACUUGAGUCAGCUGAAAUUGCUGUGUGAUUGACAAUAGCUGUUAGUACUAGGCAAUAUUUUAACGCAAUUUUAUUGUCAUUAGGAACGCAAUUUUUAUUAUCUUUGACAUCUCACAAAUAGAUAGAUAGAUAAACUACGUUACCAUGGUGCAUUAUUCUGAAAGGCUACAAAUGAACAACGAGAAUUAUGUCACCUUUGUCGCUCAAUUUGUUCAAAAAGUUGAUGACUUCAGUUCGGAAUAUGGUGAUAGUAACAGCAUUUCUUAUACUGUUAACAACAUAACUGGAAUACCCAGUAAAUUUCCAGACUACGGAGAUUUCCCACACGCCUAUGUUAUGAGAACCUAUGGACAAUGGUGGGACAAAGCACCCUCGAGAUCCAUUGAUUACAUGCCGCAGAAUAAUCCAGAUGUCGUCAGUCAUGAUUAUAUUGUUAUCAGGUUUCAUGAAUCAGUAUAUCCACUGAGAAUCUCUAUAUAUGAAAUAUAUAACCCUGGAAGUGUGGUUCGCAUCUGGGCAAAGAAUCCUGACAAUCAAUGGUUUCAGUUAUGGAGCGGACCACCUCAGAUCGUGCCUCCACAAGCUCGGUUAUUUUCUCCGCCCUUAGAACCGUGCAACUUUAAAACGAAUACGAUAAGAUUGGAAUUUAAUCAUAGCCAGCUAGACUACUACACAGAAUUUGAUGCUGUUUUGCUCUUUGGUACAUUUGAAUUGGUUCUCCCUAAAAGUCCGAGAUUCAAACAAAGCUUAUCUAAAUUAUUGGAAAGUAUGAAUCCCGACUAUCCCAAUGAAGAAGAUAUUUAUAAUUUAACUCCAAAUCAUACAAAUCAUAAUAUGUUACAAUUAGACGUGUAUCGUCUCAAAACCUCAUUGCAAGACCACUGUGCUAUGUUUGCAAGGGAAAUAGUCGAGAUUUGUCAAAAAAGCAAGUUGGUAGAAGAAUCUGAAUUGAUACAGUUUUACCAUAAUGUACCGCCACUCGACGAGGGAUAUGACAAUAUGCAAAGAUUCCUAGAGGGAGAUUUGUCGGAAUUCGUAGAGAAGAUGAACGUUCCUCCGGCUGAACCUCAGGAAUUACCGAUAAAUGACGCUUUUUCGGUGCUCGCUAAUGAGACGGUACUGAAAAUACUGGGAUAUUUAGAUUUGAAGUCGUUGUGUCGUCUGCGCAGUGUAAACAGACACUUUAAUAAUUUAGCGCAAGACCCUCUGCUCUACAAGCGUUUAAACUUGAAGCCGUACUGGCACUCCUUCGACGAGGAUGUGUUGCACUCCCUGAUGCCUAGAUUUAAAUAUCUACAACAAUUGGAUUUAUCAUGGUGUGGCAGUUAUGGUAUGCUAAUACCUGAUAACUUGAUACGUUUCUUCUAUCAAUAUGGCGCUCCUCUUACACAUUUACGACUAAACUGCUGUGAAAUGGUCGACGAUGACGUUAUCUAUGUGAUAUCGGUGACAUGUAAAGACUUGAAAGAAUUGUGCUUGCGUUUUUGUCAAAACGUAAGGUAUGGAUUCCAGCAUCUGCAGCAGCUCCGGUGCCUCGAGAUCUUGGAUCUUUACAAGACCUCUAUAGAAACUGCAGACGUGUGCAGAAUAUUACACAGCAAUCCACGAAUGCGUCACUUGAACGUAGCGGGCGUAUCGGAGCGCCUAGACGCGGACGAGAUUGCAAGAGAAUUAGGCAGUUCGUGUCUAGGUUUGGAGAGCGUAGAUUUUUGGAAAGCGUUAAAUCUCUCGUCACAGGGUAUCAAUGCUCUCACUGCUUGCAGGAAUUUGCGGGAAGUAGAUUUCAGCUGGUGCAGUAACACCGUAAUUAAUCAAACCGAGUGUUUCUACAACUUUUUUACCUGCUGCAAGCAUCUGGAGAAGAUUUUUCUGGGUUCUUUUCGAGGAGUCACAGAACGCGAUUUGCGCCAUUUAACGUUGUGCAAGGAGUUGAAACAGUUAGACUUGUUAGGCUCGAUGAGUAUAACGCCGGAAGUGUGCCAAGACAUUCUGUUAAGUUGUGAAAAAUUGGAGUUGAUUGACCUCAGUUUCUGCGAACACAUUAGCAACGUCGAGGUCGAUGAGUGGCGGGCACAGUUUCCAAAUGUGGCCAUCAAAAGAAGCUUCCCAAUACAGGAGGCUCGAUCUUAAUGUUACGUAAACUCAGUAUCUGAAACGGAUUUAGAAAUCAAACUCCAAAAAUAUGACACAAAUAUGACAACAAAAGCCUAAAUAAGACUGUGUUAAUAUAACGAGUUCGAGUAUUGACAUUGAAAGUAACAACAUACAGCAUGUGUUAGCCAAAUUGUUAAUUUACAAUUGCAAUAUUAUGUAAAUAGGUAUAUCGAACAUUAUAUUGUAAAUUUGCAAUUGCAAUAUUAUGUAAAUAGGUAUAUCGAAAAUUAUAUUGUAAAUUUGUAAUUGCAAUAUUAUGUAAAUAGAUGUAUCGAAGAAAUAAACUUUUCAGAAUUUUGUACAUUAUAACAA